CUCCCCAAGGACAAUAUUCUUGACGGCAUGAAUUUUUGGACCUCGGUCACUGAAGUUUGCCGACAUCUUUGGGAACUUUAUGUGUGUGAGAGGAGUCCUGGGUGGCAAAGUCUCUUACAGCAUGUUGCCAUAUAUUGUGUAGUGGGUUUCAUCUUUACCUUGGUCUUUGUUCUUGGUUUAUAUUGGUUUCUGCCAUCUGUAGCCCUUUUUACUGCUCUCUGGAUUGCCACUUCGAUUCUGUUGUGCUGGUCCAAGCAUGUGCGCUGCUUCUGUGUUCUUUUCCUUCUCUCCUGUGGUCUGCGUGAAGGCAGAAAUGCCCUGAUCACAGCCGGGACUGGAAUCGUGAUCUGCAGGCACGUGGAAAACAUUUUUCACAACCUAGAAGGCCUGAUGGACGGUAUAACCUGCAAUCUUAGAGCACAGGGAAUCUCUAUCCACAUGCCACUUUUGCAGAAAUACAUAGAAGCACUUCAUUGGAUUUAUGACCAAGGGACCAGUCUAUGCAACCCAUUUGGGGACAUUGUUUCUCUGAAUCACACCUUGGCUGUCUCCGUGUUCAGUUCCUCUGAAGCCUUUGAAGCCAAGCUCAACGACACCAGGGAGGAAGUCCUGAACAUGGUGGACCGUAUCAGCACUAUCAUGGAAAUGGCCACUUCUCUUGGUCAAGGGCUCUUGGCCGUCGCUGGACUUACCUUUGUCCUCCUUGGCACUGGGCUCUUCAUGAGACGGUUUUUGGGUUCUCGCACUGGGAAGUUUGAGAAUAUCUACAUCACAAGGCGUUUCAUUCAGUAUGAUGAACAGGAGAGGCUGCAGAGACGGCCCUGUGUCCUUCCACUCAGUAGGAAGGAAAGAAAGAAGUAUGUGGUUAUCCCAUUAUUCCGCCCUACUCCAAGAGAGAUGAGAAGCCUGGGAUUGUUCUUCCUCCCCAUAGUGGCCAAUUUUUAUAUCUGGGUCUCACUUGUGGCCAUGGACUAUUUGCUUUAUUGCCUCAUUUUCUCUGUGAGCAAGCAUCUCCAAAACUUGCCAGUACUGGAGGUUCAUUUGACGUUGCACGAUGAGGAAAAUCAAGAUAUUAUUGAUGAUUUUCCCUUUAAUAUGCCUCUGUUUGAGCCCAACUGUAUCCCCAAACCGGAGCUCGUCAUCUCUAAGACCUGGAUCCCUCUGAUCAUCAUCCUCAUCGUUUUAGUGGUGUUUGGGCUUCUCUCUUCUACACUGAUGCAAUUCAAAGUUCUGGUGUCAAUGGCAUUUUAUCCCAACAUAGAGAAGGAGCGAAUACAUUACCUGCAUGCAAAACUCUUAAAAAAAAGAGCAAAGCAACCCUUGGAAAAUGGAAAAAGGAAACUGAGCCAGGUUAUUACCAAGCUUCACUUCUGGUUUCCAAUCCUGAAGAUGGUUGAGAGGGAUAGAAAAGUCAUCGCAAACAAUCAAAACCCUUGAAAAGUUCCAAGCCGCUCCAGCUAAAUUCAGUUCUCAGACUCAGCAGUGCCUCCCUGAUUCCUCAAUCUCCAGACUACAAAACUGAAAGAAGCCAUGAGAAAGGGUUUAACAGCACAUGGUUUGCUUUUUUUUAAUUUAAGAAGUUUCAGAGAACUUUUAUACAUGCCAAGUGGUUUGGAGCUGUUUAUU